AUAUUGAUACGGUCGGAGAUCCAGGGAAAUAUGAGGCAAAAAUGUCUAAAAAUUUCCCAUCUAUCAAAUUUGUGGUUGCUAAGAAAGCUGAUAGUCUUUAUCCUGUUGUCAGUGGUGCAAGUAUAGCUGCAAAGGUAUUUAACUCUCUUCUAAAACUACAUCAGUAUACUAUAAUGUUUUAUUGUUUACUUAAAAUCUUUAAUCCAACCUUUCAGGUUACGAGGGACCGAGCUGCAAGAGAUUGGGUGCUCGAUGAGACUGCUGAUAAUAUACACAGGAACUUUGGUUCUGGAUAUCCUGCAGAUCCCGCAACCAAGUCUUGGCUAGAAAAUCACAAACAUUCUAUCUUCGGUUUUCCAACAUUGGUUCGGUUUAGUUGGGGAACUUGCAGCACUUAUUUUAAAAGUGGUGCUGAAGUUUUAUGGUCUUAAACCCUAACUAUUAAAGACUUUGUUUGUUCAAAAUUUCUCAAACCUCAAAGAAUUUUUGAACCUUUCAUUACUAGUAAGUUAUUUUUUUCCAUUCGGUAAUGUUAUUCCUAACAAAAAAUGGUUAUUUCUACUCUAGUUUCUUAUUUAAUAAAUUUUUCUUCUUCUAUUUUAAAUUUUGCUCUACCUUGCUAAUUGGUACUACUUUCCCUAUUCUUUCCAUGAUAUUUUCGUUUUGAAUGCAGGGGAUGAAACAUAAAAUGAGUGUUAAAUUGGUUUUAAAUUUGGGUGGUUAGAGGUUUUCAUUAUAUAGAAUGCCAAGAUGAGAAGCUUUUGGUAUUUCUUAUGACAUGAUACUAAUCUGUGUGUUCGACAAGGAUCAAAAUGGUUUCAUCACUGCAGCUGAGCUCUGUCAUGUUAUGACAAAUCUCAGCUAAAAGCUGAAAUAUGAAGAGGUUGACGAGAUGAUUCGCGAAGUUGAUGUUGACGGUGAUGGUCAGAUCAACUAUGAGGAGUUCGUUAGAGUCAUGAUGGCUUAUUUGUUUUUAAAAUAAUGUGUUUCAAAUAUUGUGUAUAAUUAAAUUUUGAUUUUUAAUGUCAAUAACGGCUGAAUGCUUGCCCUUGGUCUUAUAGGAAUAAAU